AUGGUCAGCAAUAGCAUCAAGAUUACAAGGAAGAACAGACAAUGAAAUUAAAAAUAUUUGGCACACCCACUUGAAGAAAAGACUAAAAAAUUAUCAACCUCCUCGUAACUCCAAAAGAUACUACAAUAACGUCAAUUCAAAUUCCUGCACUUCUAUCCAACAAGAAAUAAAUAGUUUUGGUCAUCCUCCUAACUCGCCACAAAUAUCGACUAGCGAAGUGUCAACCGUGACAGCUGAUUCAUCGUCAAUCAUCACACCCGCGACAACCGACGAUCAAAAAGCAAUUAAAUUGGAAGAAAUUAUAGACUCAUCAGAGUAUUUUACCGAGAUGCAUGAAAGUUUAUGGACAAAUGAAUUAGCAAUUGACGACAACUCCAAUUUUGUUACUGUGGCUGGUGAAGAAUUUCAAAGUUUGGACAUGUUUAAUACAACAAUGGAGGAUGAUAUGGACUUUUUGUUCAACUUUUUCAUAAGGACUGAGGAUUUGCAAGAAUUACCAGAACUUUGA